AUGGGCAGAAAGGUGGCUUUCACUGGGUUUGAUCUGAGGUGUAUGGGUUGCCCAAACCAUACCAGAUCAAUGAUCGUAGACUUCUCAGAGAAAACCAUGAUGCAUCUAUCAAAAAUCAAAGGCCGCUCUGGCCGUGAAGAGCGCAAUUGGAGCUGUGGGAAGUAUUGCGUCUACAUUGCACGGCACAUCAGGAGACCUCGGCUUGGUCCCUCUAAGAUCUCUAUUCAACAAGUCCACAGCUCGUUAGGAGCUAGCCAGGUUCACGCUCUCGAGAUACAUAUUCGAUCAAGGUGUUUUGCUCCGUGUCUGGCUGGAACGAGAGAUUACGACCAAGUCCCUGCAAUUUGGCCUCUCGGAAAAACCGGCAAUAAUGACUGGGAAUUUGGCAGGCCCACGUGGGCCAUGAGCAGUGCCAUUGUGAUGUCUCGUCUCAUGCGUGUUAACAAACAUUAUCAGUCUCUUGGUUACCAAUCGGAAUGGGAUACACCGGGAAAUGAAGAGGUCUUCCAAAUAUCCCGCAACAAUGGCGGAGUUAUCGUCCGAUUCAAUGAUCUGCGACAGUCAAAGUUCAGUCUGAUGGCGGGCGAACAUCUAUCGAAAACAGUUGGGUGGGGCGGUAUCCGCGUUGAGGCCUCAAACAUCAUUCCGAGCUACACCAUUAGGGCAAAGGCUGCGGUCCGACCACUGAACGCCCGGGGCUCAAAAUUGGGUCGCCCGAACGGAUCCCCACUGCAGACCAUCAUGAAACAACGGAGCAAGCCCUAA